GCUCAGGCUCAGAUUGUCCACGCCGGCCAGGCAUGUGUGGUGAAGGAGGACAACAUCAGCGAGCGUGUCUACACCAUCCGGGAGGGGGACACUCUCGUGCUGCAGUGCCUUGUCACGGGGCAUCCUCGGCCCCAGGUGCGCUGGACCAAGACUGCGGGCAGCGCCUCAGACAAGUUCCAGGAGACAUCGGUGUUCAACGAGACGCUGCGCAUCGAGCGCAUCGCGCGCACGCAGGGCGGCCGCUACUACUGCAAGGCGGAGAACGGCGUGGGCGUGCCCGCCAUCAAGUCUAUCCGCGUGGACGUGCAGUACCUGGACGAGCCCAUGCUGACGGUGCACCAGACGGUGAGCGAUGUUCGAGGCAAUUUCUACCAGGAGAAGACAGUGUUCCUGCGCUGUACCGUCAACUCCAACCCGCCUGCCCGCUUCAUCUGGAAGCGGGGCUCCGACACCCUGUCUCACAGCCAGGACAAUGGGGUCGACAUCUAUGAGCCCCUCUACACCCAGGGGGAGACCAAGGUCCUGAAGCUGAAGAACCUGCGGCCCCAGGACUAUGCCAGCUACACCUGCCAGGUGUCUGUACGCAACGUGUGCGGCAUCCCGGACAAGGCCAUCACCUUCCGGCUCACCAACACCACGGCCAUGAAGAACGCUACGUUCCAGAUCACCCCAGAUGUGAUCAAAGAAAGUGAGAACAUACAGCUGGGCCAGGACCUGAAGCUGUCGUGCCAUGUGGAUGCAGUACCCCAGGAGAAGGUGACCUACCAGUGGUUCAAGAACGGCAAGCCGGCACGCAUGUCCAAGAGGCUGCUGGUGACCCGAAAUGACCCCGAGUUGCCUGCCGUCACGAGCAGCCUAGAGCUCAUUGACCUGCACUUCAGCGACUAUGGCACCUACCUGUGCGUGGCUUCCUUCCCAGGAGCACCUGUGCCUGACCUCAGCGUCGAGGUCAACAUCUCCUCUGAGACAGUGCCUCCCACCAUCAGCGUGCCCAAGGGCAGGGCCGUGGUCACAGUGCGGGAGGGCUCGCCCGCCGAGCUGCAGUGUGAGGUUCGAGGCAAGCCGCGGCCGCCGGUGCUCUGGUCCCGCGUGGACAAGGAGGCUGCGCUGCUGCCCUCGGGGCUGCCCCUGGAGGAGACCUCGGACGGGAAGCUGCGGCUGGAGCACGUGAGCCGCGACAUGAGUGGGACCUACCGCUGCCAGACGGCUCGGUAUAAUGGCUUCAACGUGCGCCCCCGCGAGGCCCAGGUGCAGCUGAACGUGCAGUUCCCGCCGGAGGUGGAGCCCAGCUCCCAGGAUGUGCGCCAAGCGCUGGGCCGGCCCGUGCUGCUGCGCUGCUCGCUGCUGCGGGGCAGCCCCCAGCGUAUCGCCUCGGCCGUCUGGCGCUUCAAAGGGCAGCUGCUGCCUCCGCCGCCCGCUGUCCCCGUCGCCGCCGAGGCCACCGACCACUCCGAACUGCGCCUCGACGCCGUCACCCGCGACAGCAGCGGCAGCUACGAGUGCAGCAUCUCGAACGACGUGGGCUCGGCUACCUGCCUCUUUCAGGUCUCGGCCAAAGCCUACAGCCCGGAGUUUUACUUCGACACCCCCAACCCCACCCGCAGCCACAAGCUGUCCAAGAACUACUCCUAUGUGCUGCAGUGGACCCAGAGGGAGCCCGAUGCUGUCGACCCCCUGCUCAACUACAGACUCAGUGUCCGCCAGUUGAAUCAGCACAACGCCGUGGUGAAGGCCAUCCCAGUGCGGCGCGUGGAGAAGGGGCAGCUGCUGGAGUACAUCCUGACUGACCUCCGUGUGCCCUACAGCUACGAGGUCCGCCUCACGCCCUACACCACCUUCGGGGCUGGUGACAUGGCCUCCCGCAUCAUCCACUACACAGAGCCCAUCAACUCUCCCAACCUGUCAGACAACACCUGCCACUUUGAAGAUGAGAAGAUCUGUGGCUACACCCAGGACCUGACAGACAACUUUGACUGGACACGGCAGAAUGCCCUCACCCAGAAUCCCAAGCGCUCCCCCAACACUGGUCCUCCCACUGACAUCAGUGGCACCCCUGAGGGUGAGGACAUGGACUGCG